CUCGCUUUUGGAUGUUCAAUGUUGAAGGUUCCACUUACAUUGGGAAUAAGAGUUGCGUCUCUCCGAGGAUUGAUGCGCAUAUUCAUAAGGCCACCACCUUCAGAUCAAAUAUGGUUUGGCUUCACUUCUAUGCCAGACCUUGAUUUUCAAUUGGAGCCUUUUGUUGGAGAGCACAGGAUAGCAAGUGGACGUUUAGCUUUAUUCUUAAUUAGUCGGCUUAAGGCAGCCAUUCGUGAGACACUGGUUCUUCCAAACUGCGAGAGUGUAUGCCUGCCAUGGAUGUUAGCUGAAAAGGAGAACUGGGUCCCACGUAAGUCAGCGCCUUUCAUAUGGAUUAAUCAAGAACCGCAAAGCACCGAGAAUGCUGACGCGGCCACUCCCGAAGCUGCCAGCAGCAGUGGUCCAGAUGAAGGACCCCACCAAAACAUCGAGCCAUCUUUGCAAAAAGCAAACAGUGCCCUCAAUGCACAUUCCCCAUCACUAGCUGCUCCUCCUCCUCCAGAGAAAGAACUGCGCGUCCCAUUAUUGAGUUGCGAAGAGCAAGCAGCGAGUCUUCGUCAGAACAAAGGCAUGGUGGUGGAAGAGGAGGUGGGACAGAACCAUGUUUGUGAAGAAGACGAUGGCGUGAAAACAAAGAGACUGGGAAGCACGAAAGCGAGGAUGAUAGGUUUGAGCAAGAAGAUGUCUGAGAAGUUUGAAGAGAAGAGGCGACACAUUGAAGAGAAGGGAAGAAACAUCGUCGAAAAGAUGAGAGGGCAACAACAGUGAUGAAUGGAUGAUCAUUGGCGCUAAAAACACGCAGCGAAAACCCAUGGAAUUCUGAGGUUUGUUUGGAAGUAGAGUAUAUACAUAUAUACAGUUAUACACACAUAUCUUGUUAUUAUACAUGUAAAUGCAAUAAUGGCAGGAGCUCUGCAUAUCUGAUGAUGCUCUGCCAUUAUUGAUUGCUUCAGCUAAGUGAGACUCUGAUUGG